UUGUGUAUGAAAGACCAUAGUGGCGACGAGAAGUGGCGUAGGCCGAAGAGUUGUUAUCGAAGAAGAGGGAGUAGAGACGGGAGCAGGAACAGAGCAGAGCAGGGGGUGUGUGAGUCUGUUUGUGGUUUCCAAAACAGGGGCACAAAACGGCGUGAAUGAAAGAGGCAAGCUGGCGGACUACAAUAUGGCAUCCGGAGAUACUCUGUACAUCCAGACAGACGGCUCGGAGAUGCCGGCCGAGAUCGUGGAGCUCCACGAGAUAGAAGUGGAAACGAUACCGGUGGAGACCAUUGAGACCACGGUGGUCGGCGGGGAUGACGACGACGACGAGGAUGAUGAGGACGACGAGGACGACGACGACGACGACGACGGGCAACCCAUGAUCGCACUGCAGCCGCUGGUGACGGACGACCCCAGCUCGAUCCACCACCACCACCAUCAUCACCACCAUCACCAGGAGGUGAUCUUGGUCCAGACCCGAGAGGAGGUGGUUGGCGGGGAUGACUCGGACCUGCACACGGACGGCGGCGGGUUUGAGGACCAGAUCCUCAUCCCGGUACCGGCCCCGGGAGUGGAGGACGAAUACAUCGAGCAGACUUUGGUGACUGUGGCUGGGAAAAGCUCGGUGGGUCGGAUGAAACGGGGAGGCGGCGGCAGCGGUGGCAAGAAAGCGGGUAAAAAGAGCUACCUAAGCGGCGCGGAAGCAGGCGGAAGAAAAUGGGAACAGAAGCAGGUGCAAAUAAAGACACUGGAGGGGGAAUUUUCUGUCACGAUGUGGGCAUCGGAUGACAAUAAAGACAUUGACCAUGAGUCAGUGGUGGAGGAGCAGAUUAUUGGGGAGAACUCGCCUCCGGACUACUCCGAGUACAUGACGGGGAAAAAGUUACCCCCUGGCGGCAUUCCAGGAAUUGACCUAUCGGACCCCAAACAGCUGGCUGAAUUUGCCAGAAUGAAGCCCAGGAAGGUCAAAGAGGACGACGCUCCCCGAACGAUAGCUUGCCCUCAUAAAGGCUGCACAAAAAUGUUCAGGGAUAACUCGGCCAUGAGGAAGCAUCUCCACACCCACGGGCCUCGCGUGCACGUCUGCGCCGAGUGCGGCAAGGCCUUCGUCGAGAGCUCCAAACUCAAACGUCACCAACUUGUUCACACGGGAGAGAAACCCUUCCAGUGUACGUUUGAAGGCUGUGGGAAAAGAUUUUCUCUGGACUUCAACCUGCGCACACACGUGCGCAUCCACACUGGAGACCGGCCCUACGUCUGCCCUUUCGACGGCUGCAAUAAGAAGUUCGCCCAGUCAACCAACCUUAAGUCUCACAUUCUGACACACGCCAAAGCCAAAAAUAACCAAUGAGGACCCCUCCCACCAGUGUCGGGCCACACAGGCGGAGAAAAAAACAAAACAACAAAAAACGAGCAUCCUUUUGGCACACGUGAAACCUCUUUUGAAGACGGAAUGAAAAGCUUGAGACUUUAAUGGAUUUAUAUCACAAAAAUCUGACAGAUUAAAAAACUUUAAAAAAAAAAGAGAGAAACACUGAAAAUCGGCUAGUUUUCCUGCAUCCCCCUUUUUUCUGCUGUCAUAUUGGAUGACUCCCCCCCCCACCCACGGCCCCGGCUGACACCCUCCCUUUUGUUUUGCCAGUGGCACUCACCUGCCAGAAGUUGGAACUCAUGGACACACAUCAGAGACUUAUUUUUACCAGAGUGAGCAGAGACGCAGCAGUCCUUUAUUCGUAAUUUUAUUUUCCCGCAAGCUUUUAUUUUCCUUCGAGUGUGCAUAUUGUACGCUCGACUCAGGCUACGAUUGGUUAAAUAAUGAUUUAUUAUUUUUCUCCCCCCCCCCGCAUCAUGAGAUCGUACCUAUGAUACAAAAAGUGUGACGUGUUUCACAUGUAUGAGAAGUUUAAUAACAGCUGUAUGUUUGCAUUUCCAUACCCUCUUUGGUUGUAUUUUUCUCUAACCACACAAUAAUCUUGUAUACUUGUAUUGUAUGGCUGUAUUAAAAUUAUGUAGACAUAGAUAGAGGUGUGAUUUAAAGUGUUUAACCAAUUAAACUUUUAGUCAUGAGUUGCUUUAUAUUUUCAUUAAACAGAUGAACGAGUCAUAUAAACUCGUUCGGAGGCUGUCUCAUUUAAAAGUAUCUGAAGUGUACGUUGAACUGACUGCGAGAAUCAUCACUUUCUUUGUUAGAAUGUAUUGUACAGACAUCAACAUUAACUUCCUUUGUUGGUAUUUACACCCAUGUAUCUCAACUGCCCACAAUAAACUGGGUCAUUACAGCCCUGUCAAAAUACA